GGGGCGGGAGCGACAAGGGUCAGCCUGAGCCAGGUGGGUUCUGGCAUCCUGACCCACGCUUGGUCAGGUCACUCUCCUGAGUGACACCGCCGUGGCGUCAGAGGAGCUGUCUUUCGGCUUGUGCGGCGGGAAACGGCGGUGGCCUCAACGUCCUAAGAGAUCUGGUCUCUGUAGAAGCUGAAAUUCACUAAUCACCGUUCUUCAAAAUGCAGUGGAAUGUACCACGGUCUGUAUUCCGACUGGCACAUAGGACAUGUAUGGAACCACAUACAGCUGUUCUUUUUGGACACUGUCAAAACAUAAAGGGACCAUUACUUUUGUGUAAAGCUGAAUCCAGAGUAGUUUUGGUACAGGGCCCUCGAAAACAAUGGCUGCACUUAUCUGCUGUCCAGUGUGUUGCAAAGGAAAAGAAGCCAUUCACUGCUCAUCCACCCCAACUGGGGGUCCUUCACCAUAAACAGUGGGAGCAAGAUAUUUUAUGCAAGAGGGUUAUAUCAUCCAAUGCCACAUCCCCAGGAACUCCUGCGGAAAAAAAGGAAGAGACUGAUCCUUUACAAGACAAAUCUAUUAGUCUUUAUCAACGAUUUAAGAAAACAUUUAGACAAUAUGGAAAAGUUUUGAUUCCAGUGCAUCUAAUAACUUCUGGUGUUUGGUUUGGAACAUUUUAUUAUGCAGCCAUAAAAGGAGUGAAUGUCGUUCCUUUUCUAGAACUCAUUGGGUUACCUGACAGUGUAGUAAACAUUCUGAAAAAUUCCCAGAGUGGAAAUGCACUAACAGCAUAUGCCUUGUUUAAGAUUGCAACCCCUGCUCGAUAUACCGUGACUUUGGGAGGAACCUCCUUUACUGUGAAGUAUUUGCGUAGUCGGGGCUACAUGUCGACGCCACCUCCUGUUAAGGAGUAUCUGCAAGACAGGAUGGAAGAGACCAAGGAGCUUCUCACAGAGAAAAUGGAAGAAACAAAGGAUAGACUCACUGAAAAAUUACAAGAAACCAAAGGAAAAGUUUCUUUUAAGAAAAAAGUGGAAUAGGGUGCCUUAUAUAACAGGUGACAGACAAUUUCUGCACUUUAACCCUUUGGAGACUGUGCACAAAGAUACAUGUUCCUUAUCUUUUUGGUUAAUUGCUGAAAUAUACAAGUUCUCUGAGGGUUAAAGACCUAAGAUACCUUUUUAAGAUUAAAUAUUACUAGAAAAAUCAGUGUUUUUUUUGAAAAGAAAAAAUGAACCCAGUUUAAGAAUGAACAUCAAUAGCAUCAAGCAGUGGUUAAUGUCUUAUAAGUCAGAGAUCUUUUUCAGGGUCUUCAGAAUCAUAUUUGCUUUGUGUUUUGUUGCAGCUAUAAUUUAUGCAGAUGGGGCAGUUGACUCCUUGAAUAACUGAUGUGGCCCUAGACAGGAUGUUAACACUGGGUUUUCAUCUUUAUGUUAUUCAUUGGCUUUUAACUAUAUUCAUUUCUCAAUGUGGAGACAAACUGUUAUCGCCCAAGCUGCUAAUGAAUAAGAGGAUGUUUAGUAUUUCUGUAAAAACAGUAUAGAACAGUUAUAUACCAUUACUUUAUAUGAAGGAAGUUGAAUAAAAAUUGAGUCAUAUGUGUAAAUAAGAUGUAUUGGUUCUAUAUAAAUGAAAAAUUGACCUUUAAAAAUGAUUUUUACCUGAAACUUGUCAUAAUCAAAUUUUUUAAAGCAAAUAUAUAUGGCCAUGGUAUGUUUUCAACUAGAGCGUAUAUCUCUAUUGUGAGUCAUUGGUAUUCUCUUCAACUAAUCUUUCAGAGGAAAAGUGAAAAUAAUAUUCUACCUUCAGUUUAUUGUUGAAAUCAAAUAUUCUUAAGCCAUGACUCCAGUUUGUGACUCCAAUCAAGCAGCUGCAGGUGUGGGAGGAAGGAAAAUGCCGUCAGGUUGUCCCAGAGCUGAGUCAUUCUCUCUGCCACAUGGCAGGCCUUUGUGUCUACAGGCCAGCACUCUCUCGGUGUCUUUUUUUUCACAAUUAAUGUUCAUUUCAUUGUGGAGUACAAUUUUAAAUUGUAGCUGCUUUUUCCCUUAUACCCUUUUUUCCUUAUAUUGAAAUAUGCUUGAGCAUUUGACUUGAAAUUUUUUUUAAUAGCAAAGAAUCAUUAAAUUAAUCUGCUUGAAAUGAAA